AUCUGAAAAUCUGAACUGUUUCACAGUUCAGUUCAUCCACUUGUUCCAAGUUGGCAACACAAUGCUUGAAUUUGCUCUCCUCAGCUUGUGCCUGGCCGUGCUGGUAUAUUAUUUGUUGGAUAAACACCAUCAUUCCGAUGAGCCACCAGGUCCACGAGGUUUACCCAUUUUGGGAAAUUUAAUUGAUUUAGCGAGAGCAUCGGACAAUAUGGUGAACACUUUUGGAGUAUUGGGGGAAAAGUAUGGAGAAAUUUUUUCCAUCAGGAUGGGAUUUAAAAGGACAGUCGUGCUCACUUCAAAAGAAGCCAUGCAAACCGUCCUCUCCAACGAGGCAACGUUCGCACGUGACAACAGCGGUCUGUUUGCUGAUUGGAGUUUCCAUAAAAAUCUGGGAAUUGGAGCAUCCCAUGGAAGCGUUUGGACCAAAACGAGAAAUUGGACGUUUAAAACGUUGCGUGAAUUUGGAUUUGGGAAAUCUUUAGCUAUGGAGGGAUAUAUCCAGAUCGCGUCGGAUUUAUUGUUUGCCAAAAUUGACGAGAAGCUAGGCACCGAGGUCAAUGUUGACUACUUUUUUCAUCCACCGAUCCAAACCACAAUGUGGCUCAUGAUCGUUGGUCGGUUAUCUGAAGAUGAUCAGGCACACGUCAAGCUUAUUUCAGAGAAGGGGGAACGGUUCAUGAAAAGUGGCAUUCUUGGACCAAGUCUCGUGAAUGCUUUUCCAUUUUUGAGAUACGUUUUCCCAAAUUGGUUAGGCUACAAGGUGCAGAUGGAUUUUUUCCGGUCGUGUACCUCAAUCGGAAAGCAACUUUUUGACGAGAUGGGAGAAAAAUUAAAGGCGUCCCCGCUCACUUCCCAACCUGCCAACUUAUUGGAAGCGUUCGUCCAAAAUUGUGGAAAGGACGAUGAAAUAUUCAACAGCGAAAAUUUCCAAGUCGUCUUUCAGGACCUUCUACUCAGCAGCUCGGACUCAUCGAGCUCAUUCCUCGAGUCCAUUGUCCUCUACUUGAUAGCAUUUCCUGAAGUGCAAGAGAAAAUUUACCAAGAAAUAUUGGAUGUCGCACCCAACGGGAGGGUUAUAAAUUUUGAGGACAGGAAAUGUAUGCCGUACACCCAAGCCUUCAUCCUUGAGACACAUCGAAAUGCGAGAAUUGCACAAAAUUUCGCACCACGGAGAGCUCUUUGGGACUUCUCGUAUAAGAAUUUCAAAAUUAAGAAGGGCACCAUCAUCCUUGUCGAUACACGGCUGUAUUGUGAAAAUAAGCAAAUUUGGGGUGACCCUGAGGUCUUUCGGCCGGAACGAUUUAUUGGCGAAAAUGGGGAACUAGAGAAUGCGUCGAGUGUUAUUUCCUUCUCAUUUGGUAAGAGAAACUGUCCCGGUGAAUUGCACGCCAGUAUGGUCACAUUCUUGAUACUGACCGCAUUACUGCAACGAUACAAAAUUUCCAACCCGGUCGGACAACCCAUGCCGAGAUUAGAUAUGAAACCCGGCCUCGCCUUGAAGCCAUACCCAUUUCAAGUGGUCUUCGAAAAGCGAAAUUUGAAAAUGUAAUUAUACAUAUUUAACUGUCAGACAAGUUGUGAUGGAUUUUCGGAAAAUUUUGACCAUUUCACUCGGUUUUUUUAUUAAAAUGCUAAAAACUCGUGUUAAUAAAAUAUAUGAUGUCACGACCUUGAACUUGUUCAAAUUGUAUGUAUUUAAGUUUUCCGACUAAAUAAAAUAUAGACAUUUGUAUGCA